GCAGCACAGUUCAGAAUCAACCCACACACACACACACACACACACACACACACACACACUGUCUCUGUUUCAAACACACUCAUGGAUUAUUACCGGCUUCUUCUUCUUCUGCUGUCGACCUGCAGCUUCCUGCCAGAUCUUCAGCUCUGCUUCAACUUCGACACGAAGAACUUCAAGAUCUUCCACGGCUCUAAAGAAAACCAGUUCGGUUAUACGGUCCAACAGCACGAGGCGGGAGGACGGCAGUGGUUGCUGGUCGGAUCUCCGUUUGAGUCCACGGGGAAGCAGCAGACUGGUGAUGUGUUCAGGUGUCCGCUGGACACCAGGAACUCUGUAAACUGCAGCCGGCUGCACCUGGGGAAACUUUCUUUGGACAACGUGUCUGAGAGGAAAGACAAGAUGAGGCUGGGCAUGACGCUGACCUCCAACCCCAAAGACAACAGCUUUGUGACCUGCGGUCCGCUCUGGUCUCAUGAAUGUGGAAGCUCGUUGUACAGCACAGGAAUCUGCUCCAGAGUCAGUCGGAACUUCAGACUGUCCCACACCAUCGCACCCGCCCUGCAGAGGUGUGAGACGUUCAUGGACAUCGUGAUUGUUCUGGAUGGCUCUAACUCCAUCUACCCAUGGUAUGAGGUCCAAGACUUCCUCAUCAACAUCCUGCAGAAGUUCUACAUCGGCCCAGGUCAGACGCAGGUGGGUGUCAUUCAGUAUGGCUCCACAGUAGUCCAUGAGUUCAGUCUGGGUGAGUACCAGACCGUGGAGGAGGUGGUGGAGGCUGCGAGGAACAUCGAUCAGCGGGGUGGCGAGGAGACGAGGACGGCGCUGGGCAUCAAUGUUGCACGGUCGGAGGCGUUCAAACGUGGCGGCCGGCCCGGCGCUCAGAAGGUGAUGAUCGUGAUCACAGAUGGAGAAUCUCACGACAGUCCACAGCUACAGCAGGCCGUCCCCGACAGCAAGGAAGACAACAUCACCAUGUACGCCAUCGCUGUUCUGGGUUAUUACAACCGUCGGGGAAUCAACCCUGAAGCUUUUCUAAAGGAAAUCAAGUUCAUCGCUAGCGACCCGGAUGACAAACACUUCUUCAAAGUGACAGACGAAUCGGCGCUGAAAGAUAUUGUGGACGCACUGGGAGAGAGGAUUUUCUCUCUGGAAGGAACCAGCAGUCAGGGUCGAGGGUUCGGUCUGCAGAUGGCUCAGGCUGGAUUCUCAUCACAUUUAGUCAAAGAUGGGAUCCUGCUCGGGGCGGUGGGCGCCUACAACUGGAACGGUGCCGUGCUGAAGGAGACUAAACAUGGAAAAGUCGUUCCACCAAAAUCCUCCUACAAGGACGAGUUUCCAGAGGAGCUGAUGAACCACGGAGCGUAUCUGGGUUACUCGGUGGGUUCACUCAUUUCGUCUCGUGGAUCUCAGCUCUACGUGGCCGGAGCGCCGAGGUUCAACCACACCGGUAAAGUCAUCGUGUUCACCCUGAAGAACACCGGAAACCUGACCAUCCUGGAGGCGCUGCUGGGAGAACAGAUCGGUUCGUAUUUCGGCAGUGAGUUGUUAUCGAUGGACAUAAACGGCGACGGACACACCGACGUCCUCCUCGUGGCAGCACCCAUGUUUUACAGCGAGGGCUGGGAGAAAGGGAAGGUUUACAUCUACACUGUUACUCCACAGACAUCGUUCAUCCUGCAGGGGGCGCUGGAGUUUUCUGACCGCUCUCAGAACUCCCGUUUGGGUUCGGCAUUGGCCCAGAUACCCGACAUGAACGGGGACGGGUUCAGGGAGCUGGUGGUUGGAGCACCACUGGAGGACGACCACCAAGGGGCGGUCUACGUAUUUUAUGGACAAGACAAAACCAUACAGCACCAGUACAGACAGCGUCUGUCUGCGGCCGGCUUUAAUGCAGGUCUGCAGUAUUUCGGUCAAAGUCUUCACGGUGUUUUGGAUGUCAAUGGAGACGGGCUUGUGGACCUCGCAGUGGGAGCUCUGGGAGCUGCUGUCAUCAUCUGGUCUCGCGGCGUGGUGCGGAUUCAGGCCAAGCUGAUCUUUGAACCAGAGAAGGUGAACGUCUUUAACAAAGACUGUCGGCGAGGAGGGAAGGAGGUCACCUGCAUGUCUGUCAUCGUCUGUCUGAGUCUGGAGCCCAGGACCAAGACCAAGACCAAGAACAGGACGGAUGUUGGUGUUUGGUACAGCCUGGCUUUGGAUGAGAGACGUUUUCCUCCUCGAGCUGUCCUCGAUGAGUUGGACCGUCAGCAGAGGAGGAGUCUGGUUCUUCAGACUGGAGGAGGUCCGAGCUGCCAGCGCCUCGGGUUCUCGAUCCAGGAGACGACUGAUUACGGACGUCCCAUCGCGGUUGUCCUGGAGACGGGGCAGCAGAACCUGGACGAGGGCCCGGUGUUGGACCCGGACUGGCCGAGCGUCCUAAGGACGGAGCUUCCCUUCUGGAACGGCUGCGAGCAGGAGGACACCUGCGUGCCGGACCUGGUCCUGCACGGCCACACGGACCUCACGGACGUCCAGAGCUUCUGCAGCUCCAAGGACCGAGACACCUGGUCGCUCUGCGGCCACCAGAGGGCGUCGGAGGAGGACUCGGUGUACGUGGUGGAGACCGGGCGGAGGAGGGUGGUGGUGUCGGCCCGACUGGAGAACCAGGGAGAGAACGCGUACGGAGCCAACAUCCACAUCUCCACCUCCUCCAACCUCCUCUUCUCCAGCCUCAUAGUCAAGGACCAAUCAGAUAUUCAGAUCGAGUGUUUCUCUGAGGACAGGCUGGCCAAUCAGAGGAGGUGUAACAUCAGCGCUCCAUUCAUGAAGUCCUUGUCGCAGGUAUCUUUCCGUCUGGAGUUUGAGUUCAGCCGCUCGGUCUUUCUGGAUCACGCACGGGUCGUCAUGACGACCAGCAGUGAUGGAGAAGACGGUUACCCCGACGACAACACCAACGACAUCUUCCUCCCUCUGAAGUACCAAACCGACCUCCUCUUCACCAGAGAUCCGAACCCUCCUCGUUUUGAGAUCAGAUCCGACAGCUCUUCUUCUUCUUCAUCGUGGGAUCUGCAGGACAGCAGCUCUCCGACCUUCAACCUCACUUAUUACAUCCAGAACCUCGGCAUCUUCUCAGUGCAGGACAUUGUGUUCAAGGCUGAUAUCUGGGCUGUGACCAGGAAGAGGAACCAGCUGGUGAACAUCACAGACUACAGCAUCGAGCAGGUCGCCGGCUCUCACUGCACGCUGCAUCAACCCAGAACAACCAAUGAGGUCACAGCUGAGGACCUGUCUCACCUGUCUCAGCUGAAUCACAGUAACAGCGCCAGUCUGCCGGUCCAGUGCCGCCUGAACCUGCCGGCCUCCAGAGAGCUGAAGGUGACGCUCAGAGGAAGACUUCAGCUUCCCGCCCUGCUCGCUGUGAGCUUCAGGUCUCUGGAGGUACUGACGGCGGCCUCCAUCCAGCUGGAAGCAUCCAGUGUGAUGUUCCUGCAGGAGGACCGACCCGUCCGGAAGAUAAUCCUGGAGCUCAGGAAAGAGGAGGAUUACAUCAUCCCAUUCUGGAUUAUACUGGGGAGCUCGCUGGGAGGUCUGCUGCUGCUGGCUUUACUGGUGCUGGCCCUGUGGAAGCUUGGCUUCUUCAACAGACAGAGGAGACAGGAAGAGGAGGAGCAGCCUGUAGCCAAUGGGAAGGCAGCAGAGGAGUUAUAACGUGUUGGCGUCGACGAUGCCACGUUCGCUCGCUCUUCGCUGACUCAGAGUCACAACACAACAAAGUCAUAAACUUUAAGGCUACACGAGUUGGUGAGGAGCACCUGAACGCAUCGCGAGCUGCCACCUGUCACUCAGGGACCCUGAUGCCCCGCCCCCGACUCGAUCAGCCAAUCAGAACACAGCCCUUUAAUCACAAGACUGUGGACGCAGUGAGAAGACUCUUCAGUAAAAUGAAUAUGAUGCGACGGCAGAUGUAGAAACUGUUUUGAGUGUGCUUAGGUAGCUAGCUGUUAAUUAACAAACCACGCCCACAACUCCCAGAUUAAUUAAUGAACCAGCCAAUCAGCAAACAAGAAAACUCACCAACCACAAGAGGACGUUAAAGUCUACCGCCAACACCAUGAGUUAGCAUCUGCGUUUAACUUCCAGUGAACACAAUCAGACCAGAACCAGAACCUCUGAACCAGCAGUGUCCAGUCUAACAGUGAACACAGCGACAGAACCUCUGAACCGGCAGUGUCCAGUCUAACAGUGAACACAUCAACGUUGUUCCCUGUUGGUCUCAGAGGCUAUGCUCCAACCCGGUCCGGUCUGGCUGCUAAGCCCGGUUCUGUUAGAAUUUAAUAGCAGCUAAUUAGCGGUUAGCUACUUUAGUGAGUGAUUAUAAAAGUGAAAAGUGUUUGAUGGGUUCAGCAGAAUAAUACCGACGAUGGCUGAUUUUAUUUUCCUUUUUCAUACUAAUGGAAACUGUAAAUGCAUCUUAUGAACACGUAUUGUAUUUUAUUUUUUUUCCAAACUUGUAUCUGAUGCACUUUUGUUGUAUAAAGCCAAACUUGAACUCUUUGUAAAUAUAUUCCGUAUGAAUGAAGAAAUAAGGAUAGUGGCAUUAAAGUUUGAGGCGAGGCCGCGGGGUGUGCACGCUCGCUGCCUCCACAUGUUCACUAUUAGUGUCAGUGUCAGAAUAAAGACGACAAACACCAA